AUGGCACGGUCGACCUUGGAUGGAGGUCGCCGUCGCGCCCGGAAGAAGAAGGACGACAAAUACUUUGCGCUGUCCUUGAAGCCUCCUCUUCAUAGCCGCUCGCCGCUCUCCGACAUACCGCCCGACAUACUUCAUCUUGUCGCGGACCUGCUCGACUUCCGCAGUUUCUGCGCGCUCCGUCGUACCUGCCGUGGAAUUUGCAAGUGGCUGCAGAAGAUGUUCGUCGAUCGCUAUGGACCCGACCACCUCAAGCAAGACCUCUCAUUCGACAGCAUGGACUCCUCACGCAACUUUAUCGAGCCCAUGUUUUCAUCCAAGAUUGUCACCAUCGAUUUCUUGGCCUCCGACUUCGACAAUGCGAGAUUCGAGCGCGAAAAGCUGACCCUGCACCCAAACUGCCGUGCCAUACGGAAACACCGUAAUGACAAAAGGCAUGUGGAGCUAGCAUCGAAAGGGGCCUUCGCAACGAUGCUUGCAGACUGGCUAUCUAAAUACCCCAACCUGAAGAUCAUCCGCUUACGGAACCAGAUGCUACCGUUUGUGGAUGGCGAUGAGGUGGUGCAUGAAGCUGCUCCGCUUGGGUCCUGGCCAUUCUCAACGUUGAUCGCGGCCCUGUCUCGCGCCAACAUCAGCCUCGCUGAGCUCUCGCUACAUGACACUCGUGACGCACAGGAGCUGGACCAUUCUCUCAUUCGAACCGGCGGAACAAUUGCAGAUGUUGGCGCUUUGUCCAACCUGAAGACGAUGCGGCUGGAAUUCAAAGAGCAUUUCUAUAGUGUUGGCAUGAACUACCUUGCAAGGAAUAUUGAGCUGCCGAAUCUCAAGGCCUUGAUAAUUGACGGCUCAAUCGACGACGAAGAUCUUAAGAAGCUCCUGAAGAAGCACAAAGGCACUUUGCGGGAAUUCACGAUUAUGACUGACUGCACCGUAUCCCCUAAUGCAAACAUGAUCCUGAACUUCACCCGCCAGCACCUCUCCCUUGACCACGGCCAGCUAGUCAUUUUCUAUGACGAUCUUUGGACCGGACGUGUCGUUCUAGAUCACUAG